AUGAGACUAUCCACAAGAGAACAAAAAUUUUAUGGUGUUUGCUUUUGUUUGGCUGAGAGCAAAACAACAAAUCGACAUGAACCAAGAAAAUUUCCAGACGGAAUGCUAUUCGGUACAGCUACUUCUUCAUAUCAAGUCGAAGGCGGCUGGGACGCAGAUGACAUUGAAAAUAUUGCUACAAUAUCGUUAGAAUACGAAGAAAUUGCAGGAAAAACUGAAAAUAUAUGGGAUAAUUUAUCACAUCAGAAGCCAUGCGUCAUCGAAGACUGUCACACUGGCGACAUAGCUGACAAUUCUUACUACUCGUACAAAAGAGACGUGGAAAUGUUAAGAGAACUAGGAGUCGACUUCUACAGAUUUUCACUGUCGUGGGCGAGAAUUCUACCUACCAGCUUCCCAGACAAGAUAAAUGAGAAAGGAGUUGAAUACUACAAUAAUCUAAUUAACGAGUUGCUUAAAUACAAUAUUCAACCCAUGGUAACAAUAUAUCACUGGGAUUUGCCUCAGAAGUUGCAAAAUCUUGGCGGCUGGAUUAACCCUCUAAUUGUAGACUGGUUUACUGAUUACGCUAGAGUGGCUUUUGAGUUGUUUGGAGACAAAGUUAAAUAUUGGUUUACAAUAAAUGAACCACGAUCGGUUUGUUUUCAUGGAUACGCUAAUGAAAGAUUAGCUCCGUUGUAUAAUAUUUCUGGAAUUGCAGAAUACAUUUGCUAUAAAAAUAUCCUGUUAGCUCAUGCCAAUGCUUAUCACUUGUAUAAUAAUGAAUAUAGAUCUAAAAUUAAUGGGACUAUUGGAAUUGUUGCUUAUACGAGUUGGUUUGAACCAGAGUCUGAAGAGCAUGCGGAAGCUGCAGAAGAUGCCAGUAAAUUUGAGUGGGGCGUUUUUGUUGAUCCUAUAUUUUCAAAAAAGGGAGAUUUUCCUCAGGUUUUGAAAGAUAGGAUAGCUAUUAAAAGUUUGGCUCAAGGCUUUCCACGAUCCAGGCUACCCCUAUUCACGCCCGAAGAAGUUGAACUAAUCAAGGGAAGCUCGGAUUUCUACGGAUUAAAUCAUUAUAGUUCAUACGUAGUCUAUAGAAAUGACUCUGUUAAUGGAUAUUAUAAUUCUCCGUCUCAGCUUGAUGAUCUCGGAGCUGUCUUAUAUACAAAUAGUACAUGGGAAUCAGCUAAUAAUUCUUGGUUAAAGGUAGUUCCAUGGGGCUUCUACAAGCUACUGACGAAAAUUCGAGAAGACUACAACAAUCCUCCUAUACUUAUAACCGAGAACGGUUUUUCAACACGAAACGGUCUUGAAGAUGAUCGUCGAGUAGCUUAUUAUAGAGAUUAUCUCGACGCGAUGCUUAAUGCUGUGGAAGAAGGAUCAGAUAUUAGAGCUUAUACGGCGUGGAGCCUAAUGGAUAAUUUUGAAUGGAUGGAUGGAUAUGGAGAUCGAUUUGGUUUGUAUGAAGUGGACUAUGACAGCCCCGAGCGGACUCGCACCCCUCGCAAAUCUGCGUACGUUUACAAAGAGAUCGUUCGCACACGCACAUUGGACUAUCAAUAUGAACCUGACAUGAGUUUGAACACGCUGUCCGAGAGACGGGUACCUACCACACUCAUGAUGAUAUGGCUAUUCCAUUUAAUAUUUUACGGUGUUUGCUUUUGUUUGGCUGAGAACAAAACAACAAAUCGACAUGAACCAAGAAAAUUUCCAGACGGAAUGCUAUUCGGUACAGCUACUUCUUCAUAUCAAGUCGAAGGCGGCUGGAACGCAGAUGGAAAAACUGAAAAUAUAUGGGAUCAUUUAACACAUCAGAAGCCAUGCGUCAUCGAAGACUGCCAUACUGGCGACAUAGCUGACAAUUCUUACUACUCGUACAAAAGAGACGUGGAAAUGUUAAGAGAACUAGGAGUCGACUUCUACAGAUUUUCACUGUCGUGGGCGAGAAUUCUACCUACCAGCUUCCCAGACAAGAUAAAUGAGAAAGGAGUUGAAUACUACAAUAAUCUAAUUAACGAGUUGCUUAAAUACAAUAUUCAACCCAUGGUAACAAUAUAUCACUGGGAUUUGCCUCAGAAGUUGCAAAAUCUUGGUGGUUGGACUAACCCUCUCAUUGUAGACUGGUUUACUGAUUACGCUAGAGUGGCUUUUGAGUUGUUUGGAGACAAAGUUAAAUAUUGGUUUACAAUAAAUGAACCACGAUCGUGGGGCAUUUUUGUUAAUCCUAUAUUUUCAAAAAAAGGUGAUUUUCCUGAGGUUUUUAAAGAUAGGAUAGCUAUUAAAAGUUUGGCUCAAGGCUUUCCAAGAUCCAGGCUACCCCUUUUCACACCCGAAGAAGUUGAACUAAUCAAGGGAAGCUCGGAUUUCUACGGAUUAAAUCAUUAUAGUGCACACGUAGUCUAUAGAAAUGACUCUGUUAAUGGAUAUUAUGAUUCUCCUUCUCAGUCUGAUGAUCUCGGGGUUAUUUUAUAUAAAAACAGUACAUGGGAAUCAGCUCAUAAUUCUUGGUUAAAGGCAGUUCCACGGGGCUUCUACAAGCUACUGACGAAAAUUCGAGAAGACUACGACAAUCCUCCUAUACUUAUAACCGAGAACGGUUUUUCAACCCGAAACGGUCUUGAAGAUGAUCGUCGAGUAGCUUAUUAUAGAGAUUAUCUCGACGCGAUGCUUGAUGCUGUGGAAGAAGGAUCAGAUAUUAGAGCUUAUACGGCGUGGAGCUUAAUGGAUAAUUUUGAAUGGUUGGAUGGAUAUGGAGAUCGAUUUGGUUUGUAUGAAGUGGACUAUGAUAGCCCCGAGCGGACUCGCACCCCUCGCAAAUCUGCGUACGUUUACAAAGAGAUCGUUCGCACACGCACAUUGGACUAUCAAUAUGAACCUGACAUGAGUGUACCACUUUCUAUCGACGAAGGACAUUAAUUAAAAAUGUAAUAAAGUUAUAAAAAAUGUUAUAAAAACAAACUACUCAUUAUAUUCUAUAUAUUCUAAA